CCCCCCUGUAACCACUGGAGAGAAGUUAGCUUGCCCGCUGCGCAGGGCUUCCUUCCAAUUCUACGAAACAGAUAAAGAAAGUUGGUGGGACCGACUGUGGAAAGACUCCGUCCCUGUCGGGGCUGCCGGCUGCUGGAAGGGGCGGCCCGUGCGCGGAGCCCGAAGAGGCAACUGCGGCGGUCGGUGGCUAAAGCAACUUCGGCAGUCGGAGACUGCGGCGUCAACGGGAGAGGAGAGAGGCGGCCGAGUAGUUGCCGAGAUGGCCGUGGGCUGGCUGGGAGUCGUCUUGCUGGGACUCCAGCUGUGCUCUCGGACUCUGGCCUUGGAGGUGUCAGUGGGCAAAGCACCUGUCAUUUACGCCAAGAAUGGCACCAAUGUGCUCCUGCCCUGUACUUUCACCUCCUGCAUCGGCAUUGAGAAAGCCACCUUCGUAUGGAGCCACAAUCAGACCGAAAUAUUCAAAGGGCUGGUAAAGAACAAAGACUCCAAGCCGGAGCCUCAUCCAGACUACAAGUUCAGCCUUAAGCACAUGUUGCCACCUGACCUGCCCCUCAGCAAGGACAACCGGGAGUUCAACGUUUCCCUCCUGCUGCUUGAUGCCGACUUCGAGGACUCCGGGCCCUACACCUGCUUGGUCAAGAAUCCCAAAGAGAAGGACGCCAACCACAGUGGCACCGUUACUCUCAAAGUGGUGGUGAAGUUGGAGAAGGUUGACAACACACUGACACGGAUCAUUUUGUCUGUUGUGGGUGGCAUCAUUGGGCUCAUCAUCCUCAUCAUGGUGACCAAGAAACUAGUCCUCUUCAUCCUCAAGAAGACGCGGAAACAGAAGGAGUGCCUUGUGAGCUCUUCAGCAAAUGAGAACACGGAGAAUGGGCUGCCGGGCUCCAAAAUAGACUCUAAAUCGGCCCCAAAGGCCUGACUCCACGAGGCGCAGAUUUCUGGGCUCCAAACCCUCCAGGUUGAUCUGCUGGACUCCACCAAGGGCAGGAGAAGACCCCCUUUCAAGCCACCGAUGCUUGAGACACAACUAUGUUACUCAGCUGGCUGCAAACAAGCGCUGCUUCUUGGGAGAAACUGCAGAGGCGGAUGACAAGCCUGGCAUUGCGCAUGUCUGAAGGGCGAAGGGUUCUGGACUCGGGCAGAGCUUCCGUUUCAAGAAGCCCUGCAGCUGCAGGGAUAGAGCAGAUGGGCACUAGACCAAGGGCCUGGCUCUCCUUCCGGCAAUCAAACGCCAUCAGCAUCGGGGAGUGGGGUGGAGGCUCUGCCUCGCUCCCUCAGAAGGCAGCGGAGGAAGGGACGACCGAAAGGGCAGGGCGAGAAGCUGGCUCUCCUUGACCUGCAUCGAGUUCAUGGUCGUCUGCAUCGUCCUCUCCAGGGGCUCUUUGGCGUUUCAGGAUUGGGGCCGGCUGCAUCUGGACGCGGGUCUUUCUCCAGGCCUCCUCCUGGCAAGACGGCGGAGCAGAUGUGCAGCAAUGCCUCAAGGGAUGGGGGCUGGAGGGUCUCCUUUGCAUGGUCUCGUGGUUUUAGGCUGCCCUUGUUCAAGGAGAAUGCCCAAGGGCUGCCCUGCCAUGCUGCCGUUUCUUCCCCUCAGCUUCUCUCCGUUACUUGCAUGCCCGUCCCCUGGUGUCCUCCUUGCCAGGGAGAGGGCCCCGACAGGAGCCUUUCGCCUGAGCACGACAAGAGCAGCAUUUCUAAGGCCUUGUCACUAAAUCCCCCCCUCCUGGCCCAAUUUAAUACCCCAAAGAGCACAUUCCCUGUCGGCUGCCCGGGUGAACAAGAUGCCAGAUUGGUCAGGUGCCAAGUC